UUCUUAAAAUUUGAUAGCAAGGUACUUAUUAAGUGAAAUAAAACCUUAUCGUAAAAAGCUCAUUACUUAAAUCUUGAUUACUCAUCAUGUAGUGUGAGCAACUAGACAGUUCUUAAUACGUUAUUGCAACACAACUAUUGUCAAUAACUAGUUGAAAUUAUUUCAACCUUUCCUUAUGAAUUUCGUAUUUUAGUUUGAAUAUUAUGUCAUUGCUAUUCUCAGUCAAAAUUUCAAACGUAAAUGCAAUUAUGGUUAAUACUAAAUCAUAUCAAACUAUUUAAACCAAAAAUCGAAAGAAAUCAUUUUCGUGUUAAACUUGUUUUGUUUAUGUUAUUUAGACAUUUUGUAUAAGAAGCAGUCCAAAAACUUAGAAAAUAUUUGACAACAACGCAUCCGUGAAGAAUUCAAUUUGAAUAAUCAAGAGCAAAAUUCUUUAGAUGGGAAACAUGAUGCAUUUUACUCUGAGUAUUGUUGUGUCUUUAUUAUUUCAGGUUUGCAUCUGUAAUACACCAAGAGAAUGCUCCAGUAAGAGAGAUUGUGGUCCGAAUGAAUGUUGCGUAGUAGGUAGGACACGUUACUCCAUUCCUGAAUGUAAGCCAAAUGGAAGAGUCGGAAAUACUUGUCUUCGAGGAGCAGAACCAGAAGAUUUAACUCUAUAUUACCCAAAUGGGCAACGUGAACUAGAAGGUGUUUACACUCUGUUUUGUCCCUGUGAUCAAAAUCUAGUUUGUAAAUCAAAUAGGUGCACUGUGUAAUUUUUUUUAUAACUAAAACACUUAUUUAAAAAAAAAAUGAUGACUUGUAAUGUAAGAAAAUGCACCAAUUCAAUGAAUAAAAAUUUAAUGCAAAUAAUAGAGAA